AUCAAUUGUUUCAGGCCUGGAACCAAUCCAUAAUGAAAGUCGCCAUUUUCUCAUCACCACACCCUUGGAGUAUAAAUGUAGAGCUGAUGGACUGAAUUAGGGUCUGAAAAAGACCCUUUUACAGGCCCAUUAACUUUUAAAGACUCAAUGGAACUUGAAAAUAUAGUCGCAAAUACCGUAUACCUGAAAGCACGCGAGGGUGGCGGUGGAAAAAGAAAAGGCAAAAGCAAGAAAUGGAAGCAGAUAUUAAAAUUCCCUCACAUAUCACAAUGCAUGGAUUUAAAGAACAAAAUAAAUUUGACAUAUAAAUACAUUGUAACACAGCAGCCGAUUGGUCGAUUACAAUUCCGUGCAUUCUGUGAUAAAACCCCACACCUCAAGAGAGCCAUUAACUUUUUAGAUGAAAUUAGUGAGUAUGAAUUGUCACCGGAUGAGAAAAGAUUUUCCAAAGCUCAACUUAUAUACGAAAAGUAUUUAUUAGCCGAGUCCCCAGAUUAUAUAAGUCAGGUCAAUGGAAAUCAGACGGUAGCCAUAAAGGAAUCUUUGGCUGAAACUACUGCAGACAAGGACUUAUUUACACUAUGUGCAGAAUAUGUGAUAGACUAUUUACAGAAGGAACCUUUUCAAGAAUUUUUAGCUAGUAUUUAUUUUAAACGAUAUAUACAAUGGAAAUGGCUGGAAAGCCAACCUGUUACAAAGAACACAUUUAGAAUGUAUCGGGUAUUGGGGAAAGGAGGAUUUGGUGAAGUAUGUGCGUGUCAGGUACGGGCCACUGGUAAAAUGUACGCAUGUAAAAAAUUGGAAAAGAAGAGGAUCAAGAAACGAAAUGGUGAAGCCAUGGCAUUAAAUGAAAAACAGAUUCUUCAAAAGAUCAAUUCUAGAUUUGUAGUUAGUUUAGCCUAUGCAUUUGAAAGCAAGGAUGCUCUGUGUUUAGUGUUGACUAUAAUGAAUGGUGGAGAUCUCAAAUUUCAUAUUCAUAAUAUGGGCAAUCCAGGGUUCGAAGAGGAAAGAGCCAUUUUUUAUGCAGCGGAAAUUUUGUUGGGACUUGAAAACUUGCAUAGUGAAAGAAUUGUAUAUAGAGACUUGAAACCUGAAAAUAUUCUCUUAGAUGAUAAUGGUCAUGUACGGAUAUCAGAUCUAGGCCUAGCUGUUGAAAUCCCCGAGGGAGAGUCAAUCAAAGGUCGUGUAGGCACUGUAGGGUAUAUGGCACCAGAGGUAGUGAAGAAUGAAAAGUACACAUUCAGUCCAGACUGGUGGGGUCUGGGAUGCCUCAUUUAUGAAAUGAUAGAAGGAAAGGCUCCAUUUCGAGCGCGUAAAGAGAAAGUAAAGCGAGAAGAAGUAGAUAGACGGGUAAAAGAAGACAGUGAAACUUACUCAGCUAAAUUCUCAGAGGACUGUCGCUCUAUAUGUUCACAGCUACUAGAAAAAGAUCCUAAAAAGCGGCUAGGCUGUAUUGAAACUGGUGCUAGAGAGGUGAAGGAACACUUAUUUUUCAAAAAUAUAAAUUUUAAACGGUUACAAGCGGGCAUGUGUGAGCCACCCUUCAUGCCAGAUCCAAGGGCAGUAUACUGUAAAGAUGUACUGGAUAUAGAACAGUUUUCCACUGUAAAAGGAGUGAAUCUUGAUCCAAGUGAUGACACCUUCUACAGCAAAUUUAAUUCAGGGAGCGUCUCAAUACCGUGGCAGAACGAGAUGAUUGAGACCGAAUGUUUUAAUGAGUUGAAUGUAUAUGGCGAGAAUGAUGAGCCAACACCAGAUUUAACAGAGGGUACUCCACCCCCACCUCCUAGUAGAAAUUUCUUAGAUAGAUUAUUUAGACGUAGAAUGUGUCAGUGUGGUUCAGGGGAAGCAUAUGAGCAGCAAUAGACCCGGGGAAACACUAGCACUCGUAGCAACGGGCCACGGGAUGCUCAUUCCUGAACAUUGCACAACUCAAACACCAGACGGAGCCGAAAAAUUGCCCCACUGUCUCAACUAGCAUUUAUCAUUGUAUCAACGGGGGAGACAACUUCUCUUUUGAAGUUUAUUCACUCUUACUUUUUUACAUGUGCAAGGGAUAGUACUCUUGUGUGAUAGUGACACUUGAAAUGGAGUAUUUCCCCUUGCAGCAUCAGUUAAUUUCAAGAGAGACUACUCUGUACAGAUGUGCUAUUUCUGUUUAAUUAUUUCCCCUAUAUAAAGGGACACUACUCAUGGUAUUUAGUGGUGCAACUAUAAAAAAAGGUUGACGGUAGAUAUUGUGCAAGAGAAACAAAUAUAAUGUCUUUGAUAACAAAGUCUGAAAUCUGACUUUGUACUUCUAAAAAGUUUUACAUGAAUCUCAAAGUUUUGAGAAGGAAUGACUGUACGGACAGUUAAUUGAUGUAAGAUAGAGUAAUACACUUGGACAAGUCAUAUAAUUGGAUGUUUGCAGUUUUGCUGGUGAAAUUGCAGCAUACAGUUAUGAAUACGAGAUGCUCAGAAUGCUACAUAAUAUAGGAGUAUUAAUCGAUGAGGUAACUCAAGACGGAUUGCCACUACACCUUUCAAGAACGGAAAUUGAAGAGCUGACCAGAAGCUGUUACUUUGUUAAGUUUCCAAGAGACCAAUGUUUGUGUGGUUAAUGAUGCAUAAUAUGCAAAAGGAGUGUAGCAAAAAAAGAGAAAUAACUGUUAAUUUGUAGAAAGUUAAUACAUUGUUCUCAUUGAAGGAAAUCAACAACUUUCACCCCUAUAUCUCCAUAAUGGACUCUACUGUUACUGUAUAAGGCAUGGUUGCAUGGUUAAGGUGGAAUCAUAAGAGUGUGGUAAUCAUUUUGCUAUAUUUACCCCUCUUUUUUCUUUUCAAUCCAUCAGUUUUUUACCAGUCAAUAAGUAGAAAUUUCCGUAGGUGGAAUAAGUAGAUGAAAGAUAUGGAAGAAGAAUAUAUACUCAAAUAUGAAUGAAAUAGUUAAGAAAUAUCAUACAGAUGUUAAAUGUUUUCUAUGUAUAAUGUCUUUAUAAAUGUACAUAAAAUCUUUAUUUAGAAAUAAUUAUUAUGUCCAAGGCCUCCAGAUGUUAUUUUUAUUAAGUUCCAACUUUUUUAUUUUUACUGUUGCAUCAUGAACAGUGCUCUUCUUGGAGUAUAUCUCCAGCCUGAAAGCACAGCUAUUGUAAGCACUACUUACUAUAUUUAAGUUGGCCUAAUACCAUAGGAACUCUGAAACAGUAUCGACAAUUGUGGCAAAUAUUUCUGAUCUUUUAACAGUUUUUACAAAUGUUUCCCCAACAUCUAAAUAUCUUUUCAUAUUAUUUGAGAGUAUGAAAAUAUAUAUAAAUAUGAAAAAAUAUUCAAAGUUGAGACAAUAUGUAAAGUUGGUUCAGGACCGAAAACAUGCACCACAAUCUGCAGUUCAAUUCUUGAGCUCCUAUGGCCUAAUACAGGAUUGGAGAGCAUCAUGUCUGAAUGGUUUAUCUUUUUCUUACCAGCAUAUGAAUGAUGAUGCGUAUAUAUUUUGUAAACUUAUGCGACAAUGUGUCAAGAAUAAAUAAAAAAAUUCA